CACUCACAGGCUGGGUGGACAGGCUGACAGGGCUUUCGUAUUCUAUUUAUAAAUCUGUUCAUCAGAAAUCUGAUAAAACUGCAGAUUCACACUAAAUAUGAGCUUCCUUGUUUGGUAGAGAAUCCAGACUUACAGAGUACAAUACAUGACCCCUGAGACAUCAACACAUGACCCCUGAGACAUACUGUAGUCUUUCCCUGCUGCUUCUGCUGCGCUGUAGUUCACCAGAGAAUACAAAAGCAGGCACUUCGCACAGCCCUGAUUAGAUGGUGCAGGCUGUCAAACAUCUACACAGGAGCUCUCUCACUCGAUUCACAGGGCCAGUUAAGAGAAUGCUGAAGAGUAAAAAAUGGUGGUGGCUGACAGCCAUAUUYAUGCUUAUAUCUGACUGGAGUCAGUGCAUCAAGCCACAAGAAAUUACAGUGGAUCCUCCUGAGAACGUUGGGGUUGAUGACCUUGGCCACCUUGGGCAGCUCGACAUCCACUGGACGUCUCCUGUCAGCCUGACCAACCUGACUGACUGCUCAAUGAGAUACCACCUGGAAUACUUCAACACAUACCAGAACAGAUGGACUGUGAUCAGGACUGUACGGACAUGGUACCGUGCUCAGUUUGACCUGGAGAAGGAGGUCAGGGUGCGGAUCUCCACCGUACUGAGGGGAGCCUGCACCAACAGCACUGAGCUGAAGAGCCCCUUCACAGAGAUGGUCCUGCCACCCAAUAACACAGGUCCGGGUGACUCCAGGGUCCAGGGAUUUGGCUGCGUGUUCUAUCAGAAGGAGGUCAUGGACUGCACCUGGGAGACGGGAUUAGAGGAGCCAGCCCACUCCAAGCACAGUCUGUACUUUUGGCAUCGGGAGAUGGAGCAGGCUGAGGAGUGCCCUCAGUACAUCCACUCCAAUGGAGUCAGGACUGGCUGCACAUUCACCAGGGACACUCUCCCAGAAUUCAGUGCUUUCAACAUAUGUGUAAACAGCUCCUCCCCCAAGGUGGCUUUGAGGUCGGCAUUCUUCUCCCUGCAAGUUCAGAACCACGUGAAGCCUGCAGCUAUAGAGGCAGUGUAUCUGGAGGCUGGUCUAGACAGGAGGCUCCAGGUGCACUGGGACUUACCCCACGAAAGUAUCCCCAGCCACUGCCUGGAGUAUGAGGUGGAAACCAGCAAGGGCGUAGGCGGGCAGCAGUUGUUGAAGCAGAGGAAUGUAACCAGGGAGAUGACCCUCACUUUCCUCUCAAUGGAUGGAGCCCACUGCUUCCGGGUCAGGUCCAGGGUGCACCACUACUGUGCUGACAGAGGCUUCUGGAGUGAUUGGAGUCGUUGGUUCUGUCACCCAGAGCAACCUCCUGGUUUUGUGUCAGAUGCUGUGGUGGUCUGUGUGCUGGUCAUUGUGGUCAUUAUCUCCAUGGUGGUCCUGUCUCUGUGUGGCCUGGCACUCUGGACAAAGUGUAAAGGCAGAGAGUGGAAAACUAUGCAUUUCUGUCCCCUGCACAAACUGAUGGAAUACUCCAAAGGACUCACUGCUUGUGAUCCUUUUCCCAAUAAAACAAGAAGGAACAAGUAGUAGCCUUUGCAAGCAUUACCUGGGGGCACACAAACCAUGAAGACAUAGAAGUUACACAGGUGAUUAAAACACACACGCUCAUGUGCACACACGCACCCACACACCCUUAUGCACAAAUACAUGAAGAAGAGACAGUAAAUAACCAUUGUCAUGUUCAAGGCAGAGUAAUAUUGAUGUGUAUACUGAUAUUCAUCUCUUAUGUACUGAUGUGUUCAAACAGGUUAAUGUAACUCAAUACAAUAUUAAAUAGUCUUGCCAAACUGUUUAUGCAAUGUAAGACUCCAGGCAUUAAGUUACACAGUAUAUCCUUAAAGAAAAUGCCACAGCUCUUUAUACCCAUUUUGUUUACUUACUACAUGUAUUUUAAAUCACAAAUUAUACUUACUGGAGUAAUUGUUUGUAGUAGUUUGAUGCCAUUGUAUUAAGUUGAAUGUAUCUUUUAAGUCCUUUGCAUAGAAUUCCCAAGCCUGUUAACAUUAAAUGUGUUGGAUGGUGUUGUGAAGUCAUGUUUUAUAAAACUAUGCUUCUCGUCUAUACCUAUAAAGAUGUGUAUUGUA